AUGACCAAGCAGCGUGAGGUGAGCUGUUCAGCUGUUGGAGCAUUUGUUUGCUACCUGCAUGUUCCUGUCGGACCAAGUCACCAGGUAAAGUACCUACCUAAGGUAGACACGUCGGUGAGGCAAGUACUCCGUACGGAUACAGCAGGCACGAACAUUCAGGUUGGCGCCAAGGCCAAGGAGGAACUGGAGGAGUCAGGAAAAGCAAGAGGGGAAAUGAUGCGAAACGGGACUUUGGUGGAUUUGCAUCUCGCUUUUGCAUCUUGCAGCCUUUGGGCUUCACUUAAAGAAAGCUACCUAAGACUAAGGCACAUUUGGGUUGCCCGAGUUGCCUGCCUGGGUAAGCAAUGA